GGAUUCCAAAGAUUGAGUUAGGUGAAAAGAAAAAUAGGAAAAUAAACGCAUUUCGCAACUAAAGAAAAAAAUGACACAAUUUGAUCUCCAACCCAGUACCUUAUAGUGGUCCACCCAACGGGUACGUGCGACCCAUUUUUCUCACCGGGCCAGUAUCAAAGUAGGUUGACCCGCAGACAACCUUGCAUGAGACACAAAUCAAUUUAUGAUAACAAAAUAAAAAAAACGUAUUCCGGCCAACUGACCGAGCAGAAAGCUAGUUAAUAGAAAAUGUAUUCUUGUCGAGGUUGCGCAAGAAAAUACUACAUAGGCCUGAUUCGCCUGAAGCUGUCAAGUAGGCCGAGUUUUUUUUCUUCCAAAAGUAGGCCGAGUUUGGAGUUUGGACCCAUAGCGUAAAAGCCCGCGUUUAGGACUUAAAAUAUACUAAUUUCCCUCCACUAAACUCCACGGCACAAUCUCGAUGGACCAGCAAAGUCCCGCCACACCCUCCACCGCCCAAACUCCUGUCACCGUCGCCGUCUCCCAACCGGUCGACCCCCCGCCGGCACAACCUCCCCCUUCGCUGCCACAAAUCUCUGCCACGCUUCAACAACACCAGAAUCCUCCACCGCAGCAGCAACACCAGCAUCCUCCGCAGCAGCUACAACAACAACAUCAACUAUUGAUUGCGCAGCCGUCGCCUUCCGCCGCUCUCACGCCGAUUCCGAACCCUAACCCUAACACGUCUUCAAAACCUUCAAUUCCGGUCGUCCAGCCUCAAUCUCAACCUGCGCCAGGUGGUGCCGCUACUCCUAGGCCCCACCGACAAUGGCAACAUCCCCACCCUCACACUCACUUCCAGCAUUUCUCUUCUCCUUCGCCUCCCACCUCGGUCGCUUCUAUUUCGUCGGCCACCUCAGCUCCGGUUUCUACCCAGCAACAGAGAGGCGGCAUCGCGAUUGGUGUCCCGGCGACCCAUCCUACCCCUUAUGGGCAACAGUUCGGGGGAUUGAAUCGCGGCCCUGUCAAUGUGCCUGAUUCUGCUACUAGUUCCACUGCUUCGCAGGUAAGGCACGGGAUGCAGGGAAUAGGGAUGAUGGGCUCAAUGGGUUCAAGCUCUCAGAUACGCCCGGGUGGGAUUCCAGCUCAUCAACAACAGAGACCUGUUCAAUCUUCUAUUAGGCCGUCAACUACUCCCAGUACUCAGUCUCAGAAUACCCAGAAUUUCCAAGGUCACAGCUUCAUGAGGCCAUCAGGUGGUCUUGCAGGCGCCUCAGCAACAAACACUUCACAAAGUUUGCAGCUUCCCAACCAACCAUGGUUGGCUUCUGGGUCUCAGGGAAAGCCUCCGAUACCUCCCGCUUCACAUAGACCACAAAUGAGUCCACAAACCUUGCAACAAAGGGCACCUGUUCCUCAGCAGCAUCAUUCUGUGCCUGCGACUUCUCAUCAGCAGCACUCUCCCUCUUCUGCACAGCCCCAACAAGCAGGAGAGCAGACUGCAAGAACCCUCGCUUCAGUGUCUGUUCCUCAUCCGCAGCCGAGUCCAAGAGCAGCCAAUCAAAAGCAGCCUUCGCAAGCAAUGCCACAACCAAGUGCACUGCAGACUGUGAAUAAGGCAGCUAAUACAGAAAUGGAUGAAACAAGCACUCGGAUCUUAAGCAAAAGAAGUAUCCAAGACCUUCUCGGCCAGAUUGAUCCUUCAGAGAAAUUGGACCCAGAAGUUGAAGAUAUUCUUGCUGAUAUAGCAGAUGAAUUUGUCGAGUCUAUCACAACAUUUGGUUGCUCCUUAGCCAAGCAUCGGAAGUCUGAUACAUUAGAAGCAAAGGACAUUCUUCUACAUCUAGAAAAAAAUUGGAACAUAACACUUCCUGGAUUUAGUGGAGAUGAGAUCAAGACCUACCAAAAACCGCUAACAAAUGAUAUCCACAAGGAGCGCCUUGCAGUAAUAAAGAAGUCUGUAUUGGCAUCUGAGACGGCUGCUGCUAGGAAUGUUGGACAGGGUGGUGGUGGAAGCGCAAAGAGCAACCUGACAAAGACACCUGCAAAUCCAUUGGUCUCUCCUCCCAACCUGACAAAGACAACCUGAAAAAAAGAAGAAAAAAAAAAAAGAUGAAAGGAACUCUGCAAAUACGAUGGUCUCUCAUACUAAGUUGAAUUGGUUUGUGAAGUUCAAGUUAACAUGGGAAAUGUUAUGACAGGUGCUCUGAAUGCGUCAGCCUUUUUUGUUGGAAAAAGGUGCCUCCCUAGCUGUCCCUAUAAAAUGAAAUGCUUUCUUCAUAUCAUACCAGAGUUAUCUACUUAUUGCGACUGCACAUGUGCUGAAAAAAGGUUGAAAAUUGAAACCCUUUGCCCCUUAAAAUAACCAAUUCAUGGUCCAUGGAUUGUUUACGCGCACUUGAGGUGGGAAUAUGCACUUAUGUUGGUCCUGGCGAUUUGCAUACUUGAUCUCUCGCCUAGGAAUGAAUAGUUGCAUUAUCUACAAGGCUAUGAUGGUUCUCGUUUAUCUCUGAACAGGCUCAAUUUUGGCCGGCUAGCUGACUGGGGGAACUAAAGAGUGUUUGAAAUGCGGGAUCUUGGUACCUUCCAGCUGCUGCAAGCGCCUUCGGAUUAAUGAGUAUAAAAGCUGUAAAAACCUAAGUACUAUGGAUAUUGGAUGGUAGUGAACAGCGUUGCCUUGCCUUUCCUUUUUCCUAAUAUUUUCUUUACCCGUGGUGGUUUAUAAAAUAGUUGUUCAUUACUAAAAAUUAAAGAAUUGAAGUGGGUAAUGAUGUAUAUCAUGUGGAAUAGUUGAUGGGGGUGGGGUUGCCAUGCCAGACGUACUUUUACUACUACAUGUUCACCCUAGCAGCUUUUAUCCGUUUAAUCUCUUUGACUGCUAUAAUUGUAUUAGGUUUCCAUAUUCUUGGAUAUUCACGUAAACUCAUACUCAAAUAUACAGCCAAAGAUUAUUAGUAUUUGGAUAGUUAAUCGCAUAGAAAGAAAGGACGAAUUACAAGUCACAUUUGGUCACUGAAAUUACUAAAUCGUGUUAUGUUUAGUCAUUAGAAAAAUUUAAUAUAAAUUUUGGUCACUCGAAUUACUAUAACAGGUCACAUUUAGUCACAUCGGUCGCUAUCUCGCUUGCCUCCAUUGGAUAAUCGGGUCAAGCUCUUCAUUGAAAGAGCGAGAUUACUGAGGGUGCGAAUCUUCGUGGGGAUGGAGAUGGACAACAACCUCCUUACGACAAUGUUAGAAAGGUGGAUGAAAGAAACACACACAUUCCAGCUUCGAAAGGGAGAGAUGUCGUUUACGUUGAAGGACGUGGCCUUUCUGACGAACCUGCCUAUCAAAGGUGAUGUCUUGAUAGAGAGUGCACUGAGACCAUUGAAUGGGGGUAGCCUUUUCAUAAGCGAGCAUUUAGGCAUCGACUUUCCCAGGGAAGCACCAGAAGGUCGUCGAAUAGCACCGCUAGACAAGUCUAUGUUGUCGAUCCCUUGGCUAGUGUGGAGGAUUGGUGUGUUGAAACUUAAGUGUAUGAACAUUAAUUUAUUUUUAGGUCGAGUAGGAUCCGUAUCGAGACAGAUCUUUGGCGAUGUACGAGUUGCGAUACCCUAAGGAUCGUCAACUCUGGUCGUGCAAGGUGCCUGUGAUUUGCUUCAACAUUGUCGAGAGAAACCUCCCGGAUAGAUGUGUCCGACAAUACAAGUGGGCCCAACUGAUUCCUUUUCCAUCACCGGAAUAGAAGUGUCCGGCAAUA